AUGAAAGCCAUUGCUCUUUUCGCCUCAUUUGCAGGCCUGGUGGCUGCCAGUCCUACACCAACUGAAGAUGGUACAUUAGAUGCUCGUACCAUUGAGAAAAGAGCUACCAUUACGGAUGCUUGCACCGUUGGGUUCUGCACGCAGAAUGGAGGUACGACCGGCGGCACAGGUGGAACUACUACCACUGUCUCCUCCCUGGCUCAGUUUACUGCAGUAGCCAAUGCGACGGGUCCCUAUGUUAUUCUGCUCAGUGGUGCUCUAUCGGGCGCUGCCAAGGUUGAGGUCGGCUCGGACAAGUCCAUUAUUGGCUUGCCGGGGUCCAGUCUUACCGGAAUUGGCCUCACUAUCUUGGGCCAGUCCAAUGUUAUCGUCCGUAACAUGAAGAUCUCGAAGGUUCUCGCCGACUAUGGUGAUUGUGUUACCAUUCAGAAGUCAUCUAAUGUUUGGGUUGAUUCUUCCGAUUUCUCGAAUGACCUUGAUCACGGUAAAGAUUACUAUGACGGCCUUGUAGAUACUGUCCAUGCGUCCGAAUGGGUAUCGAUCACCAAUAACUAUUUCCAUGACCAUUGGAAAGGAUGCCUUGUUGGCCACUCUUCUAAGAAUGAGGCCGAGGAUGUGGGUCACCUGCAUGUUACCUUUGCAUACAACUGGUGGGACAACAUCAAUUCGAGGACCCCAAUGUACAGAUUCGGUACUGGUCACUUGUAUAACUCCUACUAUUCCAACCUUGGAGAUACUGCCAUCAACACACGUGACCUCGCAGAAGUUCUGGUCGAAAGCUCAACCUUCGAAAAUUGCCCGAAGAAGGCCAUAUUCACCGACGAUAAUACCUACGAGGGCUACGCCGUGGUGAAUGAUGUUGAUCUUGGCGGCAGUCAGAAUCUUGCUCCAGAGGGUAACCUGACCUCUGUACCCUAUUCCUACACGCUCCUGGGCUCGGCAAAUGUCAAGGCUUACGUCGCUUCUCAUGCCGGACAGGUAUUGUCCUUCUAA